CAAAAGAUUUGAAAAUAGAAGCAAAGCCUGAAUCUGUUGUAAGGGAAAAUCAGCCUUUCUCAUUGGACUGCAGCUUCCAUUCUAACCCAUCGGUCUCUUCACUCACCUGGAUAAAGAAGACCAAUGACGGCAGGGAAAUGACUGUGAGUUCUGAAAGGAAAUACUCUGUGGAAUCUGCCCGUCGCUCUGACAGUGGAUGGUACAGAUGCGCAGCUACAAAUAAUGUUGGAACAGGAAAAUCCCAGCCUGUACAGAUUACAGUCCAUUACGCUCCAAAACAAACAACAAUCAUCAAAGGUAAAGAGCUGUUGCAUGAUGGGAAACGUUUAGUGACUCUGAGCUGCAGCAGUCAGUGCUAUCCUCCUGCAACUUAUGUCUGGUACAAAAAAACAGAAAAGCAAAAAGUCUCCAUUGGAAAUAACUUCAAAGUUUUCUCAGACCAAGCAGGAGAGUACUAUUGUGUUGCUGAAAAUGAGUUUGGUCUAGGAAUCUCUGAACCCAUCAGGCUGUUUCAUAGUAGAAUUGGAGUUGUGAAACUUCUGUUGAUUGGCACGAUUUUUGGCUUCAUAGUUGUAGUAUUCCAUUUGCACAGACUCAGGAGGAAUAAACUUCAGCAAAGAACCAUGAAUACAACAGUCUGCAUUAAUCUUGUGGAGUACAAAGGGAACAACAGGAAGAAACCAUGAGUGCAACUCUGCCACAGACACUGCUGAAGGUCAAGUAGAGAUUGUUGCAGGUCCAACCCUGGACAAAGAAGACUUCAUUCCCUCUGAUGAGAAUCAAUGAUUAUUACAUAUCAGUCACCUAA